UCAACGGUUUUCCGUGUAAUCCAAGUGAACUUUUACUUGUUUAAUGAUAAAAACUGUUUAUUUACACAAUGAACCCGCUUAACUAUAUUAGCGACGAAGAAUUCCUGCCGUUCCUGCUAAGUUUGGAAGUGGAAAGCGACAGAAAGUCCUUCGAAUGGAUGUUCAACGAUCCUGAGCUUUCUGGUGUUUUGCAGUGGCUUUAUAACAGUUUGGAUCACUCUAAUGCUUUAACUGCCCGUGAAAAAUACAGAUAUGCAGAAAUCGAGCAGCAUCUCCUUUCACCCGAAGACCUGGAUAGCUACAUAUCCUCGCUGCAAGAGGAGUUCCCAGGUCUCUGCCUACCAGGAGACCAGGAGUUGCUGCAGGCGGCCAAGACGGAUGUUCAGAUGCAGAGUGAGCGGCUGAGGAUGUUGGAGAGGCAUGAAACAGUCGUUAAGGACCUUGUUAAGAAGAAUGAUUUAGCUAAAGAAGAGCUAAGCCGGGAGAUCACCAAGCUCAACUCAGCGCAGCACCAGCUGGUUCAAGAUGAGGCGUCGUCUGCGGAAGAAUGCCUGUCUUUGGCCGGAGAACUUGAGACGCUCACUGACGGUGUAGUGGAUGUCAUCGCUGACACUCUCAGUUUAUAUAGCAGUGCUCACGGGGAUAAGGAAAUAGCAAAGAAGUUCCUCAGCUUCGGUCCAUUCGAGUCGUACAAGCAAGCGCAGACACUAUUCGCCUCUCACUUUGACCUGUACGUGUCCCGCAAGUUCAGUAAGAGACAGAAUGAUGCUGUUACUGAUGGAGAUCUGCGGUGUGCGUUGGUUGAGGCAUCUGUUAUGGGAGAGAGAUUAACCAACGCGGCGUUCGCGUACAUAGACGCUAAGACGGAGCUAGCGGGCGAACAAGCGAAAUUAGCCCUAGUCGCUAACUACCAAAACGUACACCCUAGUCGAAUAGCCCAUUUAUCGCUAGAAGAGCAAGCAGCCUUAGACCUGGAACAGGAAGAGCCUAUCCUCGACCAACAAAUACAAGAUGCUGUGAAGGAGUUUGUCGAAGGACGCACCAGGUUGGCUGCUGAGACCACUGCAAGAUCUGCUUUAGCUGUCAGAGAACGAAUCCACUCCGACUUGAGCCAUCUCCUCGACGUGUCGAACGCAGCCUUGUGCCUCGACCGCGCGCUAUACUACUGCCUACGCGCGGCUUUGCGCGGCGCGCAGGAGUUCCUGCAGCUGACUAGCCAGCUCAAGGAGUACUACACUGCCGAGAGUGCCGCCGCCGCUGAUAGGAUCAAAUCAAUGAACGAAAUCUGUUACGAACAAGAGUUGUGUGAACGGCGUCUGGACUCAUCGGACCAACUAGUCGACACACUUCACACCAUUCUCGGCGUCAAGUCGAACGAUGCGUUACUACUGUACAAAGGCUACUGUGAUUUGAGAGCGGAUAUCGACACUUUAAAGGAAAAUCUAUAUGAAGCGUAUGAAAAUAGAGAGCUGGCAUGCACUGACUUCCAAAAAUCCACCCUGCCCCUUCGUAGCUACAUCUGGGACGGUUGCACCAAGCUACCUAACUGCUGGAACACAUCUGUGGCCGCCAUGACACACAACUUGAAGCAAGAGAUGGAACAGGCUGAGAGAAAAGUGUCUGAAGCCGGCGGGAACUUCUCCUCAGUCAAGAAUGGAGACAAGCAGGGGCUUCGCAAGCUGUGGCAGUACUUCCUGACCGACCAGAAUAAGUUAGCAGCGGCGAUGCGAGCGGCGCAGACUAGGAGCUUCUGUUAGUACUUUAGUUAUUUAAACAUUUUAAGGUGUAAAAAGGAAAAUCACACCUCAAUACAGCCAUUAUCAGUUAUUACAACUGCUGGCUAGCUUUACAAAAUAAGAAAUAUAUAUAGUUUCAAAGUAUUCGAUAAUAAUCUUUAUUGAUCAACAGUGUCCAUAAAAUUUGAUAUUUGAAAUUAAAUCUGAAACUGAAUACUUUGGCAAAAUAAGAAUUUUGUGCGCGCAUAAACCUAAAUAUUUACUUACUCAACAUUAUUUUCGGUAUAUGACGUCAAAUAUUUCAAAAGGAUAAUCUGAGAUUUAAUAUAACUUUGGACUGAGUAAGGUGUAUUCGGGUAAUGCCGUUAAUUGGAUAAUUCCGAAAUUUAAAUGAUAAUCACCCGUGAUUCUAUAGUAAUAAGGGUCCCUUUUCGAAAUUUACCGACGGUGACGUUCGGAAUUACCCGAGUAGUACACCUGACAACAUAAGAUGAAGACUGAUUUAAAAUAAGUAAUAUUUUAUAUAGUACAUAAAUGUAACGCAUGUUUUUAGACCAGAAAAUAAUAAAUCAAAUUAAGUUUAACUGCAAAAGGAUGUUGAACUGUUGAAGGUAAAAAAAGACAUUUGAUUUCGUAAAUUACAUUUAAUUUAAACAACUAUGUAACAGUAUAAAGUUCUAAAAUAAAUACUAAUUUUGAUCACA